AUGGAUGUCAACUUCAGUCCUGAAAGGGAGGCCGUCUUGGCCAAGAUUCUCGAGAGAAUCUAUAGUGCCAAAAGACCAGUUAUCAUCGCCGAUGGCGAGUGCAGGCCAUUCGGCAUUGUUAGUGACGUUCAAGCCCUCAUUGAUACGACUGGGUGGCCCACCUGGACAACGAACUUUGGAAAAGGUCUUUUCGACGAGACACGCUCAAACUUCCAUGGCAUCUACAGAGGGGAAUUUUCCGACCGAUCUGUCAAGGAGACUAUCGACAGGGCAGAUCUUAUUCUCUUCUUCGGACCGCACCUGAGUUCAAGCAACACGUACGGUUUCACAGCUUUACCUACCUCUAAGGUUGCCAUCUUCAUCAAAUCAACCCAGGUUGAACUGGGAUCCGACAUCUUUCGAGAUGUCUCAGCUUCAUACGUUGCAUCUGGACUGCAUCACCACAUCGACGUCAAUAAGAUCGCAAAGUAUGAUCCGUACCCUCUUCUAUCUCGGGAUUCACAGCUGCCUUUAUCCGCUCUGGCAGACGACUCGGGCUUGAUCUAUCAGGACAAACUGUGGCGCUCUAUUGCCAACAUCCUUCGGCCUGGCGAUAUUGUCCUCGGAGAGACAGGCACUGCAGGUUAUGGUGUGCGGGAUAUGCCCUUGCCACCACAUACGAGGCUAUUCACUCCUGUUACCUGGCUCUCCAUUGGUUUCAUGCUCCCAGCUGCCCAAGGAGCGGCGCUUGCCCAGCGGGAAAUGAUUGCAGAGUCAAACUACUAUGGUCUGAAACAGGGCCAGGCUCGUACCAUACUCCUGAUCGGCGAUGGAAGUUUCCAAAUGACGGCACAGGAGUUGGCCACAAUCAUCCGACACAAUCUUGAUGUUGUGAUUUUCUUGAUCAACAACGAUGGGUACACCAUUGAAAGAUGUAUUCAUGGGCGCAAGCAGGAGUACAACGACAUAUCUACCUGGCGGUAUCUCCAUGCCCCUCACCUUUUUGGUGCUAGCAAAGACACCUACACCGCUACAUCUAGGGUCUGGAAGUGGACUUAG